AUGCAUUCCCACCGUAUAGAUUCAUUUCUAGUAGCUGAAAAUGUUAGAGUUGAAAUUGUUCACGAGUCUAAUCCCUAUUUUGCGGGAGAGCCUGUAUCGUUAGUGGUAAGAAUACGACAUCUGGGAUCACAAGAUGAGCUAUUCACAAUAGGUGACACGAUAAAGACGCUGCAACAAGAGGUAGAGAGUGAGAGUAGAGAGCGGGGUGCAGGGAACGGUAGUCAGGACGGCGGAAACCAAGAGAACAAGCCAUGGCUUAUGAAAUCUCUACUGAAGGCACUAAACGUAGAUAAAGAUGGUGACGACUUGAAAGAGAAAGAAUUGGAGAGGAAACACAAGAUGAUAGAUACAUUAAAGGAGCAAUUGAAGUUGCACGAACCCAUAGAGUUAAUCUCCGGAUAUUUGCAAAUAUAUGGUGUAUUCCAAUUUGAUGCUGAGUUUAUCAGAGAAUUUAAAUUAGACAAUACAAGCAUGGUAGGUGGGGGUAUGGACGCAUUUUUACAACAUGGUGGUGAUAGUAACACAGAUACGGUUGAUGGUGGGAGCAGUUUGGCAAAAUAUCUCAAUUCGAAACAUCAUGCAUUGCAAGAUGACCCUUCAAGUCUAUUCGGUGAGGGAAACCUAUUCUUAGCAGGUGUAAAUUCAAAUUAUAGUACAGAAUACAAAAAAUCACCCAUUCUACUUGUACCGCAAACUCUUCUAUUUACAGAACUUACACUAGAACCUGGAACUAUAAAAACUUUCAGAUUGAAAACCGAAGAUCUUCCUAUGGAUUUACCACCUACUUAUAACAUUUCAAAGAACGUAUCCAUAAAUUAUAAUUUGGAUUUUGGUGUUGGGAAAUUGUUACUGGCAGAUGUAAAGGAAUACAAAAUUCACGUACCAAUAUUUGUAGCACCCUAUGUGAGUCCAAUGGGUUGUCAAUAUACUUACAAACUGAACCAAAAGGUCAAAAUUCUGGAACCUGCAAUCGUUAAAGAAAUAAAACAAAAACCAAACAGUCAGAAAAGACUGUCAUCAAGCUUCAUAGCUACUCCUAGAAGAAUGUCUUCUUCUAUGCUAUACCAUGAGAAAAAUGAUAGUGCAGAAAAAUUAAAGCGAAAUUUUGUUCAGUUAAUCAAAUCCAAUCAAAAUGGUGAGAGAGAUAUUGAAGAACUCGUUGACUUACAAAUGAAAAUGCAAUUUGAAAGUCUCGACGAAGAACCUUUCCCAAAUGAGGCAAACGAUCUGCCACAUAGCAAUGAAACUUCAUAUCUAUCUCAAAGACCAAACUCUGUCGCAAAUAAUAUAUUGAAUUUGAGAAACUGGAACUUCAAUACUGUCACGGAGAAUAGUGAUGGUCUUGAAGACAGCAGCAUAGGUCUUGUUCCUCAAAUUUCCAACCCGCAAAAUAUAUACCAAAUAAAUUGGAAUGGUCAAUCAAUCACGAAACUUAUAUUAUCAAAUACAUUCUACACAACUGCAGAUGAUAUUGAUCUAGUGCUGGAAAUUGAUCAAUCUUCACCUCCGUUACAUAAGCUUAGUGCCGUAACGGUUUCCCUUGAAGCGUUUGAAUUGGUCAAUCAGAACUAUGCAGCUGAAAGCAUAAAAACUUCAAAACCUAAGGGAAAUCAAUUCUAUGAAGCUCGUUGCAUUUGUUUUGACAAAUGUGAUUCAAUACCGAUGAAAUUGAUUAUACCAAAGACACCAAUGUCUCAACUACCAAGUCAAUUCAGAACGGAUAUCUUCCAAUUUAAAUGGAUGUUAGUUCUCAAGUUUGUACUUGUUCCCAGAAUUGAAAACGUAAACUUAGAACAGUUUUACGAAGAUAAAAAGGGCGUUUUAUUCCAUGCAAAGGAAACUUUAGAAGGCGAGGAAUUUUCUUGUCAUAUUCCAAUUCCCUUAUUGCCAAGCUCACGAAAUUUUGGUGGUUGGUAA